AUGUUGCACCUCGUGGGGCUCGGCCUUGCCGAUGAGACGGAUAUCACGGUGCGCGGACUAGAAAUAGUCAAGAAAGCAGAGCGAGUCUAUCUGGAAGCAUACACAGCCAUUUUGCUGGUUGACAAGUCGAAAUUGGAAGCGUUCUAUGGCCGUCCAGUUAUCGAGGCAGACCGAGAACUAGUGGAAAGCGGCAGCGACGACAUCCUUGCCGGAGCGGACAAGACAGAUAUCGCGUUCCUGGUCGUAGGAGAUCCAUUUGGCGCGACUACCCACACCGACCUUGUCCUGCGUGCCCGCGAACUCGGCAUCCAAACCAACGUUGUCCCCAAUGCCUCUAUUAUGUCUGCCAUCGGCUCUACAGGCCUCCAGCUCUACAACUUCGGCCAGACUGUCAGCAUGGUCUUCUUCUUAGACAAUUGGCGGCCAUCUUCAUUCUACGACCGGGUGCGCGAGAACGUACAGAUCGGUCUACACACACUAGUUUUACUGGACAUCAAGGUGAAAGAGCAAUCGAUGGAGAACCUUGCACGAGGCCGUCGCAUCUUCGAGCCUCCACGGUACAUGACUGUUGCCCAGUGUGCGGCCCAGAUGAUAGAGACGGAGGAGACCCGAAAAGAGGGCGUGUACACACGUGAGAGUCUGGCUAUGGGAGCUGCCAGGGUUGGAGCCCCUGAUCAGAAGCUUGUUGUGGGAACCCUACAGGAAUUGACAGAAGUUGACAUGGGCGCACCGCUGCACAGCCUUGUGCUUCUGGGACGGAGAACGCAUGAUCUGGAGCGCGACUACAUCCGGCAGUUUGCUGUCAAUGAGGCCACGUUUGAUGCGAGCUACCAAAAGAGCUAUGGGGCUAGCUCAUGA